GAAAGAGAGCGCGUAGUUGAGAGUAAACUUGCAAAUGUCGCCACGAUGACCCAUCAUCGCUCCGCUGUUGUUGAAGACCCCGAGAGUCAGAGAGAGAGAACGAAACAACGCUGUUUCUUCCAUUCUCCGCCAAACAUCCAACCACCCCUAACAAACGACACCAACCACAGCACAAUUCCGAUUCAAUUAGGGUUUCCACUUUCCAAUUUUCCAUGGAACCCCAAUCUCUCCCUCCUCCUCCCACCAUGGACGACGCCCAAGACCCUUCCUCAAUUUGGGACUUCUCUUACCUCCUCGACUUCAACCUCGACGACCAAGAUGGUAUUUUUACUAGCAGUAACUCUCUCCCUCUUCCCUUAAACGACGACGACGACGCCGCCGCUCCCGAGAUUUCUCAAAACGACAGGGUCCGAAAGCGCGACCCGAGGAUGACAUGCUCCAACUUCCUCGCGGGUCGGGUCCCCUGCGCCUGCCCCGAACUCGACGCGAAACUCGAGGACGAGGGUUUGCCCGUCAAGAAACGCGCCCGCACCGCGCGUGCAUCUGCGUCCGCACGCUGCCAGGUCCCUGGCUGCGAAGCCGAUAUCUCAGAGCUCAAGGGGUAUCACCGCCGACACAGGGUUUGCUUGCGCUGCGCUAAUGCCGCCACCGUUAUGCUCAACGACGAGGCCAAGAGAUACUGCCAACAGUGUGGAAAGUUUCACGUUUUGUCGGAUUUCGACGAAGGUAAACGGAGCUGCAGAAGGAAGUUGGAGCGGCAUAAUACCAGAAGGAGAAGAAAGCCUCCGGCGGAUUCUGGAGGUGCUGCUCAUAGUGAACUACUUCAACCUGUUGCUCAAAAUGAGGAACACAAUUAUCAUGUGGAAGCUGGAAAAGAUUGUUCAAAUUUGAGUACCGAUGUCAAUGACGUAGGAGUGUCUCCAGAUCAUGAAGAUGAACCGGUCUCCAUUCCCAGCUUGGCUCCAGAUCAUGAAGAUGAACCGGUCUCCAUUCCCAGCUUGGCUCCCGAAGCACAGAAUAUUAAUAGUGACAGUGUUGUGUCUUUGGCUGUUUCUGGUGAAAUGCGGGUGAAUAGUGGGAACACUUCUAAUUCACCUUCGUAUUGCAACAAUAAGAAUGCCUAUUCGUCUGUGUGCCAAACAGGUCGGAUUUCUUUUAAGCUUUAUGAUUGGAAUCCUGCAGAAUUUCCUAGAAGGCUACGACACCAAAUAUUCCAAUGGUUGGCAAAUAUGCCUGUAGAGUUGGAAGGAUAUAUCCGCCCUGGGUGUACGAUCCUGACAGUUUUUAUUGCAAUGCCUAACAUUAUGUGGAUAACUUUAUUGAAAGACUCUUUGGAGUAUGUGCACGAUUUUGUUGCUCCUGGAAAGAUGCUGUCUGGAAGAGGCACCGCAUUAGUUCAUCUGAAUGACAUGAUCUUCCGUGUUAUGAAAGAUGGAACUUCUGUGACAAAAGUUGAAGUUAACAUGCUGGCACCGAGGCUUCACUAUGUUCAUCCCACAUACUUUGAGGCUGGCAAACCUAUGGAGUUUGUUGCUUGUGGAAGUAACUUACUGCAGCCUAAGUUUCGGCUUCUUGUAUCAUUUUCUGGAAAGUAUCUGAAAUGUGAGUAUUGUGUGCCAUCUCCACAUAGCUGGACUGAAGACAAUAUUUCGUGUGCUUUUGACAAUCAGUUAUACAAGAUAUAUGUUCCUCAUACAGAGGAAAGUCUCUUUGGGCCUGCAUUUAUUGAGGUGGAGAAUGAAUCUGGUUUAUCAAACUUCAUUCCUGUACUCAUUGGGGACAAAGAAAUUUGUACUGAAAUGAAGACACUGCAGCAAAAAUUAGAUGUUUCUCUCCUUUCUAAACAAUUCCAGUCUGCAUCUGGUGGUUCUAUCUGCAGCUCAUGUGAAACUUUUGCACUUAGUCACACAUCAUCAUCAGACUUCCUUGUAGAUAUAGCAUGGUUGCUUAAGGACACCACUUCAGAAAAUUUUGACAGAGUGAUGACAGCUUCACAAAUUCAAAGAUAUUGCCAUUUGUUGGAUUUUCUGAUAUGCAAUGAUUCAACAAUUAUUUUGGGAAAAAUAUUACCAAAUUUGAUAAUCUUGACAGAGAGCGUGGAAUCCAACAAUGUUGUAAUUAAUAGGACAAGUGAUGUUGACAUAACGCAACUCCUGAAUCACAUACAUAAUGCUAGUAAUGUCAUAUGUCAGAAACAUCAGCAAAGUAGAAGUAUAAUUGUGCACUCUGAAAUGGAAGGCUUUAAACUUGCUCAGGGCUGCUCCCAAGAUAACAUGCUAUCAGUUGCAAUUAACAGCCAGGGUAUCCUGUCGAGAACAGAUGAGAAGUGGGGAGUACUGAAAAGUCCAACUUCUAAUGACAAAACGGAAAGAAUACCACUUUUGAAGAGGGAUAUUAUAAUGAGCGUGGAAGAGUUGCCUGAAAGAUAUGGGCGUCGAUGUUUGGGCAGGGGAUUCUUGACCUCUCGACCAGCUAUUUUUGUGAUUGUUUCGGUUGCUGUUUGUCUUGGGGUAUGUGUUGCCGUCCUUCAUCCUGGUAGGGUUAGUGAGUUAGCAGUAUCGGUUAGAAGGUGCUUGUUUAACUAUUAGUAUUUUUUGCAUUUGUCUUCUAGUUGGUACAUAUUUGUUGUAACACUAAAUAAAAUGGUGUUAUGGGGAUAAUUAGAUAGUUUAUUACAUUGGAAGCUUAAUCCAAGGUUGCUAAUUUGUGCAUUACCAAUUUUAUCGGAUGUCCAGAGGGACUUGCAGUUACAGGUGCUGUGAUGUGACUGCAACGAGUCUGAUCAUUAUAGUUAAAGUUUGUAAUUCCUGUUAUCAUUAUAUUAUUACAAUUGGGUUUUUAUGCCAGAGUUCUCUCUA